UGAUGAGCGGCGGCGAUCGAAGCUGCUGGCAGUUUACCGCAUUGCAUUACUGCGUGGGUUUUCAUCCUUGGGCUGGCUGCGUACCCAACUGCAGUUUCAACUCUUACUUUUGAAUCUGUUUAGAAAGACCUUUGGCUCCGUUCAGCUGUGCAGAGUGAAAACAACAGCUAGACCUGCGCCUGCGGCUCGUGAUGUAAAAUACUUCUAGCCUGGGCGUCGAACCAACUGGUUUGCUGAUGUGCUUUAGCAAUAAAUUUCAUCUAAAUAUUAUAGAACAAAAUGAAUAUCAGUGAAUCCACGCCUUUAUAUUUUUGCAAGUUCAACAGCACUUAUGAGAGACGAUGUUCACUAAGGAGAAAAACCGAUGCUGCGAGUUUGAUUAUUACACUAUUAUUUUUUGCAUUUCUGGUAGUCGUUUUCGGAUCGGUGGUGGUUCUUUACAUUUCCUCAUCCUUGCCUUUUUCUUCGGAUAUUGAAGCGAAUAACAAAACCAAUGAUUCAAGCUCUCAGUUGGGAAUCACAUUAAUGGCAAUACAAAGCAACUCAUUUAGCUCAGCCUGUAAGGUUUUCGCAGUCGAUCCAAGCAUAUCGGAGGUAAACGAAGCUUUGGCAAAUGCCGAAAGAGAUUGGCAAGAAAGGUUACUGGCAGAGAGGAAUCACCCUGCAGUUCCGCUGCCACCCUCACAUCCUAGUUUCCUGCAUCAGCGAGCGAUUUACUCGUCAAAACAAUCAGUCCGCGCCAUGGAAAGCGCCCACAGGAUGCUCUCAACUUCAAAAUAUGUUUACGCAGGGAAACUGAAAUCUGGAGACUGCAUUGUCCGAGGCCUUCGUCUGGCUCCUUCAAACUGGUCUGCGGAGUGGUGCACGGAGCCGAUCAAGUGCGACACAGCCUCGCCUUACAGGACAAUCGAUGGCUCCUGCAACAAUAUAGUACACCCAGGAUUUGGAGUUGCAAUGCGUCCGUUUAAACGACUUCUGAUGCCUUCAUAUGGAGAUGGGAUUUCGACUCCAAGAAAGUGGCUUGAUCCUAACCCCCUGCCGUUGCCCCGAAAGGUCAGUUUCACCAUCCAUCGCCCUUCAAACCAAACAAAUCCGAAAUUCACGGCAAAUCUCGCUGCUUGGGGACAAUUUAUUGAUCACGACAUCACGGCCACGGCACUUAGCAAACGUGCGGACGGUCAAGCUAUCACUUGUUGCAACACCGAGUGGCAACACCCCGAGUGCUAUCCAGUGAUCAUUCCGCCUGACGAUCCUCUCUACGGCAAAUACAACUUGACCUGUACCGAUUUUGUUCGAUCCGCGCCAGCACCAGUUUGCACCCUUGGACCGAGAGAAAACCUGAACCAAGUGACGCCGUUCAUCGACGGAUCGACGAUUUACGGCGCCAACAAAGAAUUAGAGUCACAGGUGAGGGCCUUUUCUGGCGGCCUCCUGCACCGCUCGUGGACCUCGAGCGGCAUCGAGCUGCUGCCCAUCGACCGCACCUCCAACGACGGCUGCAAUCGGGCCGAACAGGUGGCAAAGGGACGCUUUUGCUUCAAGACCGGUGACACGCGCUCCAACGAGAACCUGCCGCUGACGACGCUGCACCUCAUUUUCUCCAGGCAGCACAACAGGCUGGCGACAGCGCUGAAGAAGCUGAAUCCGCAGUGGAUGGACGAGGUGCUGUACCAAGAGGCGAGGAAAAUUGUCAUUGCCCAGUUGCAGCACAUUCACUACAAUGAAUUUCUUCCCGUUGUACUGGGCUAUGAGUUAGCAGAGAAAUUGGAUGUGCUUCCAAAGGCGAGUGGCUUUUUUGAGGCCUACGACGCGUCUGUCGAUCCGCAAAUCACAAAUGAGUUUGCCUCGUGCGCGUUCCGGUUCGGCCACACGUUGCUUCAGGGUCAGUUGGCACUGAUUGAUCGUAUUGGUGUCGUCAACAGGACGCUCAAACUGCACGAAACGCUGUUUAAUCCUUUCGGCAUGUACCAAAAUGAAUUUGUAGAGGAUUCGUUGCGCGGCAUCUCAGAAUCAGAAGUUAAAGGACCUGGCAGUGCUGUUACGUCCGAGUUGCAAGGAAAUUUGUUUAAAACGAAAUCUAGUCCUUGCGGCCUCGACCUCGUCACCUUGAACAUUCAAAGAGGCAGAGACCACGGCUUGCCUGGCUAUCCACUUUGGAGAGAACUGUGCGGGGGCGCCCGUCCAAAAACGUUCGACGACCUUUUGAGCACAAUGGAUGCAGAAACGGUGGAGAGACUAAAAUUAAUUUACGAUUCUGUGGACGACAUUGACCCAUUCACGGGCUUGGUCUCCGAAAAACCGUUGAAUAGCAGCGGGAUUUUGGGGCCGACUGGCACGUGCGUUAUCGCUGAACAGUUCCUGCGACUAAAGAGGGCCGACCGGUUUUGGUACGAAACGCCUGAAGCGCCUCAAGCCUUUACGCAAGCUCAAUUAGAAGAAAUUAGAAAAACGUCACUGUCGUCGCUGUUUUGCGAAAAUAGCGAGACUACUGAGAUGCAACCACGAGCCAUGGAGUCGUUGACGGAUGAGAACGCCCUCACUUUGUGCUCAAAUUUCCCAAAGUUGAAUUUAAAUCUCUGGAUCGACGUGAAAUAAAACUUGCUUUUUCAAUGACACAGUUAUUAAAGAAAUGAUAUAAAUUAAUACAAUAUAAUUAUAUAUAUGCAAAAUUUGGUGGAAAUAUGUAUUUCAGAUCAAAAAUCCAAUUUAGUGCACGCAUUUUCAGUGUAUUUUUUGCAAUGUAUUUUUGUACCGUAUUGGGUUUGACUUCUAUAUAGCUCUCAUUUAAAUUAAAUGAUUCUAAUAAUUUUUUAAUCUUUAUAGCGGCAUUGUCUAAUAAUUAUUAUAUUAUUAUUGCCUUGUUUACUAACCAAUCUGUGAUUUUGUGUGUAUUUAUUGUGCUUUGUAAAAAUAUAAAAAAGCUUUAUCCCAAACAUGUC